AUGCAUGACUCGAAAAGUUGGGUGGCACCAGAGAUUACUCUGGAUCUCCUGAUGGAGAUUCUGGCGAGAUUACCUGCGAAGUCGGUGAUGAGAUUCAAGUGCAUCUCAAAGGUUUGGUCAUCUCUCUUCCGCUCCAGUUAUUUUUGCAACCGUUUCUAUAUGCUCACAUCAUCCCCGGGACCACGUAUUUACAUGUCUUUAAUGGACCGUGUCGACUACUCUAAGUCUCUACUCCUGUCAUCCGCUCCAAGCACUUGUUCUCCGUCUUCCUUAGUAUUCGACCAAGAUCUGACCAUCCCUGCGAUGGGAGGUUUCUACAUGCGCGUUGUCCGUGGCUUCAUCAGCUUCACAGUGUCGUAUAAGGGACGGAUCUAUAACCCCAGUACCAGACAACUUGUGAUCUUACCUGCCGUACCAUCCAAUAUCAUAGCUGAAGAAGAGAUUUAUAACAUCUGCUACUUUGUCUGCCACGACCCUGUUAACGAUCAGUACAAAGUGCUCUGCACAAUUGCGGUAAUAUCAGAGCCAGAGGAUAUGCAGAAGGUAAGGUCAGAGCUUUGGGUAUAUGUACUCGAAGCUGGUGGCUCGUGGAGAAGGGUCGCAAAGGAUAUCCAACCUCAUCUUCCCGAUGCACUAGAGCUGACUCUGAACGGUGUUUUGUAUUAUCUGGCUUGGACUGAUUCGCAUACUUGUAUGCUCGUGAGUUUCGACAGCAGGUCCGAGGAGUUCAAAAUGUUGCAAGUACCUCGCAGGGUCGGAGAUGUGCUACCUAGAGUAGACAAGUGGAUGACGCAGAUAGAGUAUGGUGGGAAAGUAACUGUUUUUGAUUUCACCCAUCUCAAAGAGAGUGGGUUGUGGAAGACUGGGAGAAGAAAGAAUGGUCGAGCAAGAGACUGGUUUUACAGACUUGUCAGAUGCAUCUAG